AUGGUGAUAGGCCUUCUAGCCAUAGCGGCCAUUCCCACUGUCACGGGCGUGUCGCUCGGAAUUUCCGAAGAACGCAAGCAAAAAGCACGCAUGGAAGAUGAAAGACGCAUGGCCAAGUUCUACAUGGAUGUGUUUUGCGAAGGGAACUCUGAGAAAGCCAAGAGCCUAGAUGGAGGUCGUGUUGUAUUACGAGAUAAUAAAGUCUAUAUUGAUCACGUAGAUCCCAAUCGUCGGAAAAAGCCGGCACACACUGCAGCUGCAUUCUAUAUUGGAUAUCCAGACGAUGACGAAAAGCGAGGAGACGGCCUCGUUAGCACGGUGUCAGUUGAUCCACCUAUGCUAAAUUGGAUAUAUGCCGACAAGAAUACUAUGGAAUUGAAAUAUGGAAACCGCACGCAGAGCAUAGAGCAUAUUGUCGGCCACUGGGAUUGGACCGAGGAUGAAACUGGCGUCAUACUGGCAGAAAAAGACCUAUGGGCUGCUGUCGAGGAGGAAGAUGGUGUCUGGGCGGUGUAUUAUGACAUAAACGACAAUGGGUUGGCAGGCUUUGUCGAUUCGGCGAGAACAGUGGUCGAAAUCAGUAUCGACAGGAAUAUCAUAGACAAGCCAACAGAUAGCAACACCAAUAAUAAGAAUAAAACGUGA